AUGCGGCAUGACCCAACAUCUGAACACACCGACGGUCGAACAGAUGUGUUGAAUAUCACAAUCGUGGGGGCCAGUCUAGCAGGCCUGGCCGCCGCCAUCUCCUGUUCUCUUGCAGGACAUACAGUCACCGUCUUUGAGGCGGCUAAAGAACUCGCCGAGAUUGGGCCGUGUCGCUGGGAGCGAAGGUGCAAAGACCCUGAAUUGAAGGAAUGGAUUGCCAACCCACAGGUCCAUUUUUGGAUAGGCCCGCACUCCCGCGCCGUGGCAUACUCGAACAGAAGCAGCACCACGUACAAUAUAGUUCUGCUUUGCUCGGAUGACCUCCCUCAGGGCCUCUCACGAGCGACGGGCUCGGUGGAUGAGAUGCGGGCCCUGUUCUCUCUCUGGGAUCCCAUCCUCACCCGUUUCCUCGAGCAGGUCGAACAGGUCGACAAGUGGAAACUCAUGCAUCGGCAGGAGCUGGAGUCGUGGACGAACAAGGACAAGAAUUUCGUCUUGCUGGGCGAUUCCGCCACCCGAUGCUGCCCUAUCUCGCGCAGAGAGCCAACUCGUCGAUCGAAGACGGCGGUGUCCUCGGAAGGCUGCUAUCGUAUGUGA